CCGAAUAGGUAGGGCAUCUCCAUAGUCUGUCAUGGUGGUUUCGGGUUUCAGCACUCCGUUGGCAGUGACAAGGGAGGAGAUUUAUUCUGACUUGCAUACUGAAGGAAACCCUUAACGUUUCGCCAACUGUCCAGUUCAUGCUUGGUCUCAACGAAGGCGGUGCAGUGUGCGGCGUCUCUGAAACGCCAGUGUUCAGAGCUCGAGAAGAGUUGAGAGAAAAUGCCUUCUUUUUCAUGGAGGCUGUUUCUCAUGCUUGGCACUUUGCCCCUGGCUCUUGCUGAGUCAGAUGAGUCCUCUUUACUGGAUGGCUGGCAAGAUAUGUGGUUCUUUAAGUUCCUCCUCAAUGUCCUCGGCUAUUCCACCAUCAUCAUCCCCGGCUAUUUUCUCAUCAGCUACUUCAAGAGGAUCAAUUACUUAGAGACAGGUCGAGGCCUUUGCUUCCCAGUAAUAAAGGCCUGUGUGUUUGGUAAUGAGGCAAAGGCUGGUCUGUUGGAUGAUGCACCGACACCGUCCAGGAGUGACACAGAGUUGUCUUCCUCAACAAGCCAGGCCUUUAAGUUGAUAUUCUGUGCUGCAGGACUUCAGGUGUCGUACUUGACAUGGGGCGUGCUGCAGGAGCGUGUGAUGACACGCUCGUAUGGCGCAAGCGACGGAGGCGGCGGCCGCAGCGGCAGCGGCGAGCGCUUCAAGGACUCUCAGUUCCUGGUGUUCAUGAACCGCAUCCUGGCGCUGACCGUGUCCGGCGUGUGGUGCACACUCUUCAAGCAGCCGCGGCACGGCGCGCCCAUGUACAAGUACUCGUUUGCCUCGCUCUCCAACAUCCUUAGCAGCUGGUGCCAGUACGAGGCGCUUAAGUACAUCAGCUUCCCCACCCAGGUGCUGGCCAAGGCCUCCAAGGUCAUCCCUGUCAUGCUCAUGGGCAAGCUGGUGUCGCACAAGACCUACGAGUACUGGGAGUACCUGACGGCCGCGCUCAUCUCCGUGGGGGUCAGCAUGUUUCUGCUGUCCAGCACGAGCUCCAAGCACCCGUCCACCGUCACCACCUUCUCGGGCGUGCUCAUCCUGGCCGGCUACAUCAUGUUCGACAGCUUCACGUCCAACUGGCAGGACAACCUGUUCAAGUACAAGAUGUCGUCGGUGCAGAUGAUGUUCGGCGUCAACCUUUUCUCGUGCCUGUUCACCGUGGGCUCACUGCUGGAGCAGGGCGCCUUCUUCGACUCUGUGAGCUUCAUGCUGCGCCACUCGGAGUUCGCCUUCCACGCCGUGCUGCUGUCCGUGUGCUCGGCGUGCGGGCAGCUCUUCAUCUUCUACACCAUCGGCCAGUUCGGCGCCGCCGUCUUCACCAUCAUCAUGACCCUGCGGCAGGCCAUCGCCAUCCUGCUCUCCUGCUUCCUCUACGGCCACGCCGUCUCGGCGCUGGGCGGGCUCGGCGUCGCCGUCGUCUUCUUCGCCCUCUUCCUCCGCAUCUACGCCCGUAGCCGCCUCAAGAAGGCCGGCAAAAAGGCCGCGCCACCACUGGUGCAGAAGGUGUGAGAGACAGAGGGAGGACAGUG